AAAUUAUUAUUUACUCGUGAAUUUAAAAAUGAAAUCUUUUAACUAGAAAAGAAGAGAUGAUUUGAUAAGAGACUUCAGAAUAAAGACAAGUCAAUUCAACUACUCUACUCUGUUUUCCCAAUUCAAAAAAUACAAAUUCAACCACUGUUUAUGUGUAUGUGUAUGUGUAUGUGUAUGCGUUCUUCUCUUGUUUUCUGUAACUUAAAAAAGGGGAAUCAGUUGAUAAACCCUGUUUAUAUCCCAAGAACAUACCUGGGUUCACUUCAAAUUUCAGUAGAAAUCAUAACUUUUUGGUGUGAUCAACAAAAAUUGUAAUCUGGGUUUCAUUUGUUCUUAAACUUUGAGCUGAAACAGAGGAAAAAAUUUAGUCUGCAAUGAGGUACUGAGAGGAGAAACAAAAACAGAGGAAGGAGGAAAUUGGUUGAAAGUUGAAACAUUUAUUGACAGAGACAAUAAUCACAUGUUUAUGAGAGAAAAAGAGCUCUGUUUACAGUAAUGGAAGAAGAGCCUAGUAAACUCACAAGCAGCAGAUAGAGACCAAGAGAGGAGGAGCUUUAGUUGAUCAAUUAAAUAGCAGGGUAAAAAGCAGAGGAAAACAAAAACUAAGAGAAGUUCUUGCGUAAAUCUUCAUUACAAAAUCCAAAAUCAUAGAAUAUGCCUCAAGACAGUUUAAAAUCAGUAGUUUAUAGAUCACUUGUAUCAUGUGAUGAUCCAAAUGGAGUAGCAGAGAAUGAGACAGUAAGAAAAUCCAAAAAAAGACACAAUUUGAUUAGUACUACUACCCGAAAGACUGCGACGACGCCGACUCGGAACGAUUCAUAUAGAGGAGAUGAUAGAAAUGCUCCACAAUCUUCAUCACAUCAGUUGUUAGAGGUUUCAAGAGGAGCUCAAAAUCUAAACCAUAUGAUUGAUUCAUGGUCAAAUGGGAGUAUUAUGAAUGGGCAGCAUUCAGAUGAUAUUGCAAGAGAUCUUCUGAGAGGUGCUUUAGAUCUUCAAGAUUCUCUUAUCAUGCUUUGCAAGAUGCAAGAAGCUUCAAAAUAUAUGUCUCAGUUGAAGAAUAAACAUGAAUUGCAAAUUCAAGAAUCUGAUGAAGUGGGUACCGGAAGAGUGGAUUCAGGCCGGUUUAGAAUUGAAAAGGUUGAUUCCGGGAGGUUUGGAAUUGAAAAGGUUGAUUCAGGGAGGUUUGGAAUUGAAAAGGUUGAUUCAGGGCGCUUUGGAGUUGAAAGAGUUGAUUCAGGGCGCUUUGGAGUUGAGAAGGUUGAUUCUGGGCGCUAUGGAGUUGAAAGAGUUGAUUCGGGGAGGUAUGCCGAGAGAAUUCACCGUGGAAGUAUUGAGAAUUCACGACUUUGGGCUGGCGAGUCGUCGAAGAAUUGCAGCGACGAGCUCAAGAAAGUUAUAAGAGAUAGUCUUUCGCGGCAAAACUUGUUGCCAGUCUCAUCAAAUGAAGAAAAUGCGUCUCUAACUUCAAUUUCAGACGUUCCAACCACGAGCUCUAGUCACUCUUCGACGGUUUUGUCAAAUGAUUUUGCUUCUGUGGACAGUUCUUUAUCAUCUACAGGGACACAGAAGAAGGCGAAAUCGCGCAGUGUGAUUGCAAAGCUUAUGGGUCUUGAAGAUUUUCCGUCAGAACCUGCUCAACUUGCUCCAAAACUACCAGACUAUGAGAAGGAUUUGAUUCCGCGAAGACCCAUAUCUGAUGUUGAGAAGCCAAAGGCAGUGAACCCGUACUUUGUCAAUCGAAUUUCGGACCCAGAGAGGACUCUACAAGAAAUCAUUGAGACAAUGCAGUUUAAGGGGCUUCUGCAGAGUAAAAGCAAGUCACAGUCGCAUUUUCCCAAGAAAUCAUUUUCAAAACAUUUACUAGUAGAUGAUGAAAUGCCUCCAAUUGUGAUCAUUAAGCCUAUGCGCUUUCCAAGUCGAGAGACGAAGAGGUUUAGUCAAGAAGAAGGAGCCUCAUUAUACUACAAAGGAAAGUCAAGAAGAAUGGAAGAUCAAAGGUUUGUUCAGGAUUUGGUUGCUGAGGAGCCAAAAGUGGUUAUUCAAGAGUUGGAAAUUACAGAAGAGAAGAAUGUAAUUGAAGCUACUGCUGAAGAUCAAGAAGUUGUGAACUCUAAAACCAUGAGUGGGGGAUUGAAAGCAAAAGGAGAAACUCGAGCCAGAAAAGUAAUCCGCGAAGAUGGGAAUCUUUUGUCUAAACAGAUACUCAAGAAACCACGGCCGAGAACUCCAGAAAUGGCUUCAACCCAUAAGACAAAAGAUUCUUCUGUUGCUCCUGCUUCUAAAAUUGAGAAAAUAGAGAAGUCUAACAGUAAAGUAGGCAAUAUUGAACAGACGUUGCCCACAAGAAGAAAGCCAAUGCAGAAGGAGGUUGCAAAAGCAUCAACUCCAGCACGAUCACUUGAACAUGUCAGAGCAGUCUCUACUAAAGUGAGGAAGCUGGAAAAUGGAUCCACGGUCACAAGGGAUCGCGUGCACCACCAACGAAGUACUACUGCAAACCCUGUCUUGAAACGUUUGGUAAAACCCGGGCCAGGAAAUGUCACUGAUCAAAAGAAGAAACUUCGGACAAGGAAAGCAAAACCAGUGAGAGAUUCUCUGCUAGAUGCUCCCAUUACUAAUACUUCACAAUGCAAAGAUAGAGCAAAUGAAAUCCGUCAGACGGAUUCAUUGAGUACUGUUUCUACUUCUACAAGCACCUCUACUGAUACUCAAAACUCACCAGGCAAAGAUGAAGAGCCAGAGGCCGCGAAAGUUCAGAUGAGAGAUUACAAGCACGAAGAUCAAACUGUUCUGGGCGAAGUUACCUUGCAGAUCGACGAACAUAGCACUGACAUCUCAUCUACAGAGGAGGCAAAGCAGGAUUUUGACCAUAAAAAGGCUAUCCCUUUACCUGAAAUUGAUAUGAAGGAGUUUUUCUUAAGCAGUGCAUCAUUUGUCAAUUACGCAGAAGACCUCUUUGAUCUCCAUGUAAACCAACUAGUGGUUUUACAAACAACAUCAUUCGAAGAUGUUGGAAUGAUCAAAAGCAGACUCUAUUUGGACUGCGCAAAAGAGCUUAUAGAACAUAAAAGCCACUGGAACUCACAAUCACGCCAUCCUCUUGUUAAGACCCGUUUUACAAAUUCAAGAGUUACCAUAUCUCUAGAUGGGUUGGUUGAAGAAAUUUGCAAUGAAAUGGAGAUUCUGAAAAGUUACAGUAAAGAUGAUGGUGAUAGUAUUGUGCCUGUAGAUAAACUGCACAAGAUGUUGGAAAUUGAUCUCAAGAGGAAGGAAAUGCUGGGUAAUGGUGGAUGGGAUUUGAGUUGGACAAGCGGAUUUUCUGUCGAUGAUGCUGAGCACAUGAUAGGUAAAGUGGAGAAGGAAGUUCUAAGUGAACUGAUUGAUGAGUUCAUUGCAGAACUAAUAUGUUAACAGAUCAUUAUAUGUACUUGUUGAAUUUGUCAUUGUUGUUCAGUCACAAAAUCUUCAAAGAAUUUUUUAGGUGUAAGCUAACAGAUGGGAGUAGUACCUCAUCUAUUGUUGGUUGGGCUGUUAUGCCAUGUACAUAAAAGAAUUCAUGAUCCCAAACAUGAGUUUAGAGGAUGGUUUAUUUUUUGGCA